AUGAAAUUAAGAGAAGAAAUUAAACAAAAAUUUUAGAAGAACUUUUCUAUUUUAUCAUUAAAACUAGAAUUACUUUAUUUAUGUUUAGAAAAUAAUUUAUCAUAAAUAUUAAUGAUGAAAGUAAUAAGCAGGAUGUCUUCAUUAAUUCUUAAGAAAUCUGAUGACAUGGUUCUUUUUGCACAUGACAAUCCAAUUAAAUUAGGCGAGACAUUAAAGUUCGGAAAUUCAUUAGGAGUAGUCAUGUCAAUUUUUGAAAGAAAUCAAUUAGCAUUAUUGUUAUAACAAUCUGAAGUAUUAGAGCCUAUCUAGCCUGUUAAUUCAUUAAUGCCAUAUCCACAAAAUGAAAUCUGUACGAUUGCAGACAUAAAGGAAUCAAAUGAAAAUACUGCUGAUAGCAAAAAAUUACCAAAAAGAACUCUUCCAUAGAGUUAAAUUUUAUCACAUAAUGUGUAUAUCGAUCUCUUUCAUCCAAUAACUUAUGGACAAAUGCUCAUCAUUAAAGAUAAGGAACUUUUGAAUAAAUUGCAAGCCUUUGAUCAGAUUAUUUAUUAUGGCAAAUCUCCAAUCAAGUAAGCAACUUGGUUUAAAUAUGCAGAUAAUUAAGGUUCAAAUUACUACUUACCAAGAUAUGCAUUACAAUACGCCAAAGAAAAAGCGAAAACUCUUAAAACUUUGUUAGUAAUGGAUCAAAUUUAUGAUCAUUGUGUUGCGCAUUAAAAAUUAUAAGAGACAAUUCAAUCAUAUGUUUAUGAAAGAACCACUAAAACUGUGUACUUGUCUAAUCUAUUGAAAGAUCUCUCAGAAUCCUGUGGAUACAGACCAGGACAUAGCAAUCUUACUGUUGCUGUUUUGCAAAAAGAUUCGAAAGAUGACUUAUUAAACGAUGAGUUGGAGAAAGAACUAGAAUCCUUGUAAUCUCAUACUCCUACACAAAGCAUAUCUAAGCCAAGUCCAUUCAGUUUGUAAAUUCAAAGUCCAUUGUAUUAUCAUUUAGCCUAAGAAUUAUACAAUAUUAUAGCAUAACACAACGAAAAAAAAUCAGAAUACUUAUAAAAGCAAUAGUUAAAGAUUCAUAUUGAUCCUUGGGACUUUUAUCAAUAUUUUGAUUGCAAACCAAUAGUGUAAAUGAUCAACUUAUUCAACCAGUAGAAUGGCUAAGAACACGAGUUAGUAAUCCUAGUCGAUUUCUCGGUUAAGGCAUUCAAAGAAGAAUUGAUUUGUCAACUCAAAGGUUCCCCUAAGGAAAUUUUGGAUGAUCUUCUCGGAUUCUCUUGUUAAAUAAAGGAGUUUGAUGGAAAGACAUUUGCUGAAUUUUAUUAUGAGAAGAAGAAUGAAUUAGAUGGAACUGAAUUCAAGAAUGUAAUAAAUGAAAGCUUAGGAAGAUUUUAUGAGUUAUACAUGCUUCAUUUAAGAAUGACAGAUUAAUUGUUAUAAUACAAAAAGGAUUACAUAUGAGUGAGUAUUGGCAUGUAUUUUUAUUAAGACAUAUAAUAAUUAAAUUCAAAUAGAAA